AUCAAAUAGAAUCGUUCAGAUCGAAAUCGUUAGUCGGUUGUAUAACUUGAUCCGGAGUUGUUGAGUCCAAAGCAAUCUAGAAAACACACAUCAGAAUGGCAGAGAAAUUGAAAGACCAAGAAAUUGAAAACGCAGAAUUCGCCUUCGGCAUCUAUGAUUGCGAUGGCUCAGGAAAGGUUGAUGCUUAUGAUAUCCCUGACGUCUUACGUGCAUUGAACCUUAACCCAACAUUAGAAUUAUGUGAGAAAAUGGGAGCCACAAAGAAGCGUGGUGAGAAAAAACUCACAGUUGAAGAAUUCCUUCCCAUCUACGGACAAGUCAAAGUUCAAAAGGAUCAAGGUAGCUUCGAGGAUUUCUUGGAAUGUCUGAAAUUGUACGACAAAGAAGAAAACGGCACAAUGCUUCUCGCUGAAUUAGAACACACUUUAAAAGCUUUGGGUGAAAAAUUGAGCGAUGAUGAAGUUACUGAACUUUUCGCCGAUUGCAUGGACCCAGAAGAUGAAGAUGGCAACAUCUUUUAUACACCAUUUCUCCGAAGAUUGUGUGAUGUAAAAGAAUAAGUUAAGACUAUUUUAAAUUUUAAAUAACACAUCAAAAUAUAAAAAAAAAAACGACAACCAACAUCAUCAAGAAUCAAUCAAACAACAUCUUUUAAAUAAAUCUAAUGAGAAACUCGACGACAAAAGUGAAUGAGAGAGAAUCAAUCUGCCGCUGAUAAGAAGAAAAUUCGUAAAAAUGUAACAUCGUGAAUAGGAAGUUUAUAAAUCGUUAGGAAAAUUUGAUGUAGUGAAUUACAAAUACUUUAGGAUUCUAAUCAAUGUGUGUGGGUCUGCAGUUUUCACACGUUUCCACAUUGUUCUUAUUUCCAUCUAUUUGUUUUACACAACUGUAACACUUCAUCAUUUAAUCCUAUCGGUCGUAAAUGUUCGUAUCAUUUUAAGGAUUUUUUUUCCUUUCAUUAAAUCAAACACGUAAAAUAUAAAUAAAGUUUUUUGUAAUAAGGGAAUUAAUUAAUAAAAUACUAAAAAAAAAACAGGAAAAA